ACCCCGCCCCGAGGAGGCGGCCCGGCCGGCGGCCGCGUAGGGAGCCUGGUGGCAUGGAACAGCCGCCGCUGCCGCCACACGCACUGCCGCUCCCCGUGAGCCUCGGAGCUGCGGCGAGCACGGGGGGCUGAGCACGCGGAGCGGGGCGCCCCGGGGCGUGACACUGGGAGGAGGGCGCGGCCCCGGCUGCGGCGGCCGGACGCGAGGCGGGGGAAGCGGGAGCGCGUCGGCGCCGGGAGCCGCGGGAGGAGCGGGCCGGGCGCCCGGGGCGCACCUGGCGGCCGCGCGGCCCGGCCGGACCCGGGGAUCAGCGGGAGACGGCGGCGGCGGGAGGAUGUCGCAGCCGCCGCUGCUCCCCGCCUCGGCGGAGACUCGGAAAUUCACGCGGGCGCUGAGUAAGCCAGGCACGGCGGCGGAGCUGCGGCAGAGCGUGUCGGAGGUGGUGCGCGGCUCGGUGCUGCUGGCCAAGCCGAAGCUCAUUGAGCCCCUGGACUAUGAAAAUGUCAUCGUCCAGAAGAAGACUCAGAUCCUCAAUGACUGCCUGCGGGAGAUGCUGCUCUUCCCCUACGAUGACUUCCAGACAGCCAUCCUGAGACGACAGGGGCGAUACCUGCACUCAACAGUUCCCCGGAACGCCGAAGAGGAAGCCCAGAGCUUGUUCGUCACAGAGUGCAUCAAAACUUACAACUCUGACUGGCACAUUGUGAACUACAAAUAUGAAGAUUAUUCAGGAGAAUUUCGACAGCUUCCAAACAAAGUGGCAAAGUUGGAUAAACUUCCAGUUCACGUGUAUGAAGUUGAUGAAGAGGUGGACAAAGAUGAGGAUGCUGCCUCCCUUGGGUCCCAGAAAGGUGGAAUCACCAAGCACGGGUGGCUGUACAAAGGCAACAUGAACAGUGCCAUCAGUGUGACCAUGAGGUCAUUCAAGAGACGAUUUUUUCACCUGAUUCAACUUGGUGAUGGAUCUUAUAAUUUGAAUUUUUACAAAGAUGAAAAAAUCUCCAAAGAACCAAAAGGAUCAAUAUUUCUAGAUUCCUGCAUGGGUGUGGUUCAGAACAACAAAGUCAGGCGUUUUGCUUUUGAGCUCAAGAUGCAAGACAAAAGUAGCUAUCUUUUGGCAGCAGACAGUGAAGUGGAAAUGGAAGAAUGGAUCACAAUUCUCAACAAGAUUCUCCAGCUCAACUUUGAAGCUGCAAUGCAAGAAAAGCGGAAUGGAGAUUCUCAUGAAGAUGAUGACCAAAGCAAAUUGGAAGGCUCUGGUUCUGGUGUAGACAGCUACCUGCCUGAACUUGCCAAGAGUGCCAGAGAUGCAGAAAUCAAACUGAAAAAUGAAAGCAGAGUUAAGCUUUUUUACUUGGACCCAGAUACCCAGAAGCUCGACUUCUCAUCAGCUGAGCCAGAAGUGAAGCCAUUUGAAGAGAAGUUUGGAAAAAGGAUUCUUGUCAAGUGCAAUGAUUUAUCUUUUAAUUUGCAAUGCUGUGUGGCUGAAAAUGAAGAAGGACCUACUACAAAUGUAGAGCCUUUCUUUGUGACUCUGUCGCUGUUUGACAUAAAAUACAACCGAAAGAUUUCUUCUGAUUUCCAUGUGGAUCUGAACCAUUUCUCUGUGCGACAGAUGUUGGCCCCCUCGUCCCCAGUUCUAGUCAAUGGUGGGCACAGUCCCCCCGCCCAUCAGGACACCUGUCAUGAGGCCUCCAUGCAGUAUCCAAAGCAGGGAAUAUUUUCUGUCACAUGUCCUCAUCCGGAUAUAUUUCUAGUAGCGAGAAUUGAAAAAGUCCUUCAGGGAAGCAUCACACACUGCGCUGAACCAUACAUGAGAAGUUCGGACUCUUCUAAGGUCGCUCAGAAGGUGUUGAAGAAUGCUAAACAAGCAUGCCAAAGACUAGGACAGUACAGAAUGCCAUUUGCUUGGGCAGCAAGGACAUUGUUCAAGGAUGCAUCUGGAAACCUUGACAAAAAUGCCAGAUUUUCUGCCGUCUACAGGCAAGACAGCAAUAAACUGUCAAAUGAUGACAUGCUCAAGUUACUUGCAGACUUUCGGAAACCUGAGAAGAUGGCUAAGCUACCUGUGAUUUUAGGCAAUCUAGACAUCACCAUUGAUAAUGUUUCCUCAGACUUCCCUAAUUAUGUUAACUCAUCCUACAUUCCCAUGAAGCAGUUUGAAGCCUGUGCUAAAAUUCCAAUCACAUUCGAAGUAGAGGAAUUUGUGCCCUGCAUCCCAAAACACACUCAGCCUUACACUGUCUACAACAAUCACCUUUACGUUUACCCCAAGUACUUGAAAUACGACAGUCAGAAGUCUUUUGCCAAGGCCAGAAAUAUUGCCAUCUGCAUUGAAUUCAAAGAGUCAGAUGAGGAAGAUUCUCAGCCCCUGAAGUGCAUUUAUGGAAGACCCGGUGGACCAGUGUUCACGAGAAGCGCCUUUGCCGCAGUUUUGCACCAUCAGCAAAACCCAGAAUUUUAUGAUGAGAUUAAAAUAGAAUUGCCCACACAACUACAUGAGAAGCACCACUUACUGUUCACCUUCUUCCAUGUCAGCUGCGAUAACACAAGUAAAGGAAGCACCAAGAAAAAGGAUGUAGUUGAAACACAAGUUGGAUAUUCCUGGCUUCCUCUCCUGAAAGAUGGAAGGGUGGUGACCAAUGAGCAGCACAUCCCUGUCUCAGCGAAUCUUCCCUCUGGCUACCUUGGCUACCAGGAGCUUGGAAUGGGCAGGCAUUAUGGGCCAGAAGUUAAAUGGGUAGACGGAGGCAAGCCACUGCUAAAGGUUUCCACUCAUCUGGUUUCUACAGUGUAUACCCAGGAUCAGCAUUUGCACAAUUUUUUCCAGUACUGUCAGAAAACUGAAUCUGGAGCCCAAGCUUUAGGAAAUGAACUCGUAAAAUUCCUUAAGAGUCUCCAUGCCAUGGAGGGCCAUGUGAUGAUCGCUUUCUUGCCCACCAUCCUAAACCAGCUGUUCCGCGUCCUCACCAGGGCCACCCAGGAGGAAGUCGCGGUCAAUGUGACGCGGGUCAUUAUUCAUGUGGUCGCCCAGUGCCAUGAGGAAGGAUUGGAAAGCCACUUGAGAUCCUAUGUUAAGUAUGCUUAUAAGGCUGAGCCAUAUGUUGCUUCUGAAUAUAAGACAGUGCAUGAAGAACUAACCAAAUCCAUGACCACCAUUCUCAAGCCCUCGGCAGAUUUCCUCACCAGCAACAAGCUACUUAAGUAUUCAUGGUUUUUCUUUGAUGUGCUGAUAAAAUCCAUGGCUCAGCAUCUGAUAGAGAACUGCAAAGUUAAGGUGUUGAGGAACCAGAGAUUUCCUGCCUCCUAUCAUCAUGCAGUGGAAACUGUUGUGAAUAUGCUGAUGCCACACAUCACUCAGAAGUUUCGAGACAACCCAGAGGCCUCGAAGAAUGCCAAUCACAGCCUCGCUGUCUUCAUCAAGAGAUGUUUCACCUUCAUGGACAGGGGCUUUGUCUUUAAGCAGAUCAAUAACUACAUCAGCUGCUUUGCUCCUGGAGACCCCAAGACUCUCUUUGAGUACAAGUUUGAGUUUCUCCGUGUGGUGUGCAAUCAUGAGCAUUACAUCCCGCUCAACUUGCCUAUGCCCUUUGGAAAAGGUCGGAUUCAGAGAUACCAAGACCUCCAGCUUGACUACUCCCUGACAGACGAGUUCUGCAGGAACCACUUUCUGGUGGGACUGUUGCUGAGGGAGGUUGGUGCCGCCCUGCAGGAGUUUCGGGAAGUCCGCGUGAUUGCCAUCAGUGCGCUCAAGAACUUGUUGAUAAAACAUGCUUUUGAUGACAGAUAUGCUUCCAGGAGUCAUCAGGCGAGGAUAGCUACUCUCUACCUGCCUCUGUUUGGCCUGCUCAUAGAAAACGUCCAGCGGAUCAACGUGAGGGACGUGUCUCCUUUCCCUGUGAACCCAGGCAAUAUUGUGAAGGAGGAAUCCCUUGCUUUGCCAGCCGUGAACCCGCUUGUGACACCACAGAAGGGCAGCACGUUGGACAACAGCCUGCACAAAGAUCUCCUGGGCGCCAUCUCUGGCAUUGCUUCUCCAUAUACAACUUCAACUCCAAACAUCAACAGUGUGAGAAAUGCUGACUCGAGAGGGUCUCUUAUAAGCACUGACUCGGGUAACAGCCUUCCAGAAAGGAACAGUGAGAAGACCAAUUCCUUGGAUAAGCAUCAACAGAGUAACACUUUGGGAAAUUCUGUGGUUCGCUGUGAUAAACUUGACCAGUCUGAGAUUAAGAGCCUCUUGAUGUGUUUCCUCUACAUCUUAAAAAGCAUGUCUGACGAUGCUCUGUUUACCUAUUGGAACAAAUCUUCAACAUCUGAACUUAUGGAUUUUUUCACAAUAUCUGAAGUCUGCUUGCACCAGUUCCAGUACAUGGGGAAACGAUACAUAGCCAGGAACCAGGAGGGGUUGGGACCCAUAGUUCAUGAUCGAAAGUCUCAGACAUUGCCUGUUUCCCGUAACAGAACAGGAAUGAUGCAUGCCAGAUUGCAGCAGCUGGGCAGCCUGGAUAACUCUCUCACUUUUAACCACAGCUAUGGACACUCGGAUGCUGAUGUCCUCCACCAGUCCUUGCUGGAAGCCAACAUUGCCACCGAGGUUUGCCUCACAGCUCUGGACACGCUGUCCCUGUUCACGCUGGCGUUCAAGAACCAGCUCUUGGCUGACCAUGGACAUAAUCCUCUCAUGAAAAAAGUGUUUGAUGUCUACCUGUGUUUUCUUCAAAAACAUCAGUCUGAAACAGCUUUAAAAAAUGUCUUCACUGCCUUAAGAUCGCUCAUUUAUAAGUUUCCCUCAACGUUCUAUGAAGGGAGAGCGGACAUGUGUGCCGCACUGUGCUAUGAGAUCCUCAAGUACUGUAACUCCAAGCUGAGCUCCAUCCGAACAGAGGCUUCCCAGCUGCUCUACUUCCUGAUGAGGAAUAACUUCGACUACACUGGAAAAAAGUCCUUCGUCCGGACACACCUGCAGGUCAUUAUUUCAGUCAGCCAGCUGAUAGCAGACGUCGUUGGCAUUGGAGGGACCAGAUUCCAGCAGUCCUUGUCCAUCAUCAACAACUGUGCUAAUAGUGACCGUCUCAUCAAGCACACCAGUUUCUCUUCCGAUGUGAAGGACUUGACCAAGAGGAUACGCACAGUCCUGAUGGCCACGGCCCAAAUGAAGGAACAUGAGAAUGACCCAGAAAUGCUGGUGGACCUGCAGUACAGCCUGGCCAAGUCCUACGCCAGCACCCCCGAGCUCAGGAAGACGUGGCUCGACAGCAUGGCCAGGAUUCACGUUAAGAAUGGAGAUCUCUCUGAGGCAGCAAUGUGCUAUGUCCACGUAACAGCACUGGUGGCAGAGUAUCUCACACGGAAAGGCAUGUUCAGACAGGGCUGCACAGCCUUCAGGGUCAUUACCCCAAACAUCGAUGAGGAGGCUUCCAUGAUGGAAGAUGUGGGAAUGCAGGACGUCCAUUUCAAUGAGGAUGUGCUGAUGGAGCUGCUGGAGCAGUGUGCAGACGGGCUGUGGAAGGCUGAACGCUACGAGUUGAUUGCAGACAUCUAUAAGCUUAUCAUCCCCAUCUAUGAGAAGCGGAGGGAUUUUGAGAGACUAGCUCACCUGUAUGACACGCUGCACCGGGCCUACAGCAAAGUAACCGAAGUCAUGCACUCGGGCCGCAGGCUCCUGGGGACCUACUUCCGGGUGGCCUUCUUCGGACAGGGGUUCUUUGAAGAUGAAGAUGGAAAAGAGUAUAUUUACAAAGAACCCAAGCUCACACCUUUGUCAGAAAUUUCUCAGAGACUCCUUAAACUCUACUCAGAUAAGUUUGGUUCUGAAAAUGUCAAAAUGAUACAGGAUUCUGGCAAGGUCAACCCCAAGGACCUGGAUUCCAAGUACGCAUAUAUCCAGGUGACUCAUGUGAUCCCGUUCUUCGAUGAGAAAGAAUUGCAAGAAAGGAGGACAGAGUUUGAAAGAUCACACAACAUUCGCCGCUUCAUGUUUGAGAUGCCGUUUACCCAGACCGGGAAGAGACAGGGUGGGGUGGAGGAGCAGUGCAAGCGACGCACCAUACUGACAGCCAUUCACUGCUUUCCCUACGUGAAGAAGCGCAUCCCCGUCAUGUACCAGCACCACACUGACCUGAACCCCAUCGAAGUGGCCAUUGAUGAGAUGAGUAAGAAGGUGGCUGAGCUCCGGCAGCUGUGCUCCUCGGCUGAGGUGGACAUGAUCAAGCUGCAGCUGAAGCUGCAGGGCAGUGUGAGCGUCCAGGUCAAUGCCGGUCCAUUGGCCUAUGCCCGAGCUUUCUUAGAUGACACAAACACGAAAAGAUACCCUGACAAUAAAGUGAAGUUGCUGAAAGAAGUUUUCAGGCAAUUUGUGGAAGCUUGUGGUCAAGCUCUGGCAGUAAAUGAGCGUCUGAUUAAAGAAGACCAAUUAGAGUAUCAGGAGGAAAUGAAAGCCAACUACAGGGAGAUGGCCAAGGAGCUCUCUGAGAUCAUGCACGAGCAGAUCUGCCCCCUGGAGGAGAAGGCAAACGUGCUACCGAAUUCGCUUCACAUCUUCAACGCCAUCAGUGGGACUCCAACAAGCACAAUGGUGCACGGGCUGACCAGCUCGUCCUCCGUCGUGUGAUGAUGCCUCGGGGAGCGCACGUGGGGACUGACUUGAUCACUUGCAAACUCAGGAUGAUUUCCCAAGCUCAUCACUGGGGAGACUGAGCACAGGGAGAAGCCAUGGGGCCUGGGAGCAAAAGGGAAUAAAGGACUGUGGUAUUUCGUGGUAGGUUUUCUAUGGAAUCAGAAGAAAGCUGCAUGUAUUUUUUUAAAUCUCACUGGCAAUACUCAGUUUUCAUUGUGUCCUGACAGAGGAGUCUGGUGAGCACUCUGAAGCUGGGGGUCACUUUGGUCCUUCCAGAGUUGAUGACAGCAAAGGGCCUUAAGUAAAAGUGUCCCAGAGGGUACAGAGUGGUGGCAGCAACUCAAGAGGGAGGAGGGGCCCUUUGGCCUUUCAGCUAAGCUGGAGAAUCUUGAAAAUAUUUUUCUUUCCUGUGGCACAUUCAGGUUGAAUAUAAAAACUAUUUUUGUGACUAGUUUUUGAUGAACUAAAGGAACUGACCGUUAUAAUUUUUGUACCGGCAAACCAGGAGAGUUAGUGCUUUUAUAUGCAUUCCCUUGCAUUUAAAAAAAUAUGAAAGUUAAAGAAAUUAUGUGGGCUUAAAACUAGUCAAGAAGUUUAGAACCAAAGGCCUGUAUUAAUAAACACAACUAACUAAAAAGAAAAAAGUAGUCUAUUACUAUGUAUAUAGUUUGUUAAUGCAGAGUCAGCAUUCUGUACAUACAUGUGUCACAUUUCUACAUUUUUAAUAUCCACAUUGAGGUUUCUCCAUUAGGUUUAAUUGUGACAGAUUAGUUCUGGUCUUAGUAUAUGAAAUAGACUUGACCGUUUUAUUCUUGUACAUAAGAAAGUGCAAUACAGAGAUGUAUACAGUCUUUGCUAUAUUAGGUUUAUAAACUGUUUUAAAAAAGAAAUCUUCAUCCUUUUGCCAAAAUGGUGAAGUAUGUAAUUGAUAGAUCAUAAAUCCUGUGAUGAACGGUGGUAUAAUUUAAAGCUUUCACCAUGUUAUAUUUUCUUUUAAAGACAUUAAUUUAGUAAUUUUAUAUUUGGGGAAAGAAAGGUUUUUAAUUUUAUUUAACUGGAACCACUGCCCUGCUGUAAUUAAACAUUCUAUACCAUGUAUGUAUUAAAAAUAAUAUUGCUGAUUUUC